AUGAAUUCCAUUGAGGAGGGCAGCAAACCAACUUCAAUCAACAAUGUCAACAACACGGCCGAUACAAGUGAUUCGAACUCCAAUCAUCAACCAUCAGCAGCAGCAGCAUCAUCAGCCGCCAAUAAAGAACGUGAAAAUUGGGCCAGCGGUUUAGAAUUUCUUAUGUCCUGCAUCUCAGUGUCUGUGGGCUUGGGCAAUAUCUGGCGUUUUCCAUUUACCGCCUAUGAGAAUGGUGGCGGUGCAUUCCUGAUACCCUACAUCGUGGUGUUGUUCUUAAUUGGUGUUGGCAUUGGUCAGGCUUAUGCCGGUGUUACAGUACUUACCUAUUAUUCCUCGCUGUUGGCCUUGACACUCUAUUAUUUUGUGGCCUCAUUCUAUAAUCCUUUGCCGUGGUCCUACUGUCGUCAGGAGUGGGGUUCUAAUUGUGUUGACUCCAAUUCGAAAGCAACUAAUGGGGAAAAUUUCACAACAUUCAAUGACAAACCGACAAGUAGUUCGGAAAUGUAUUUUAUCAAACAGGUAAUUCGUGAAUAUGAUGAUAUAUCCGAGGGUAUUGGCCUGCCAAGUUGGAGACUGACAUUGGCCUUAUUUGUGGCAUGGCUAACAACAUUUUUGGUAAUAGUUCGUGGUGUAAAAACGGCCGGUAAGGCAGCAUAUUUCUUGGCCAUAUUUCCAUAUGUCAUUUUGAUAACACUGCUAAUAAGAGCUGUUACUUUGGACGGGGCAUUGGAUGGUAUUAUAUUUUUCUUGAAACCCAAUUGGAGUGAAUUGCUGAAUUUGAAGGUUUGGAAAGAAGCUGUGGUCCAAUGUUUCUUUUCGCUUGCCGUGGGACUGGGUCCAAUUGUUAUGUUCUCAUCAUAUAAUAAAUUUAAUCACAAUUCACAUAGAGAUGCUAUAAUUGUUACCAGUUUGGAUACUGUAACCAGUUUAAUUGCGGGUAUCACCAUAUUCGGCAUCUUGGGUAAUUUGGCACAUAAUCUAAAUAUAAGUAACAUCGAUGAGGUGGUGCGUAGUGGUACGGGUUUGGCAUUUAUAUCCUAUCCAGAUGCUAUUGCAAAAUUUAAUGGUGUACCACAGUUAUUUGCUGUAUUAUUUUUUAUUAUGUUGUUCGUUUUGGGCAUUGGAACAUUGGUCGCCCAGGCCAAUACACUGGUAGCAAUAUUAUGUGAUAAUUUUAAAUGGAUGAAGGCGUGGAUGGUGGCAUUGGCAACAUCAAUUGGUGGUUUUCUAUGUGGCAUUAUUUACGUUACACCGGCCGGUCAAUGGAUCCUAAAUUUAGUCGAUUAUUAUGGUGCCACAUUUGUUAUUUUUGGUUUAGCUCUAUUUCAGAUCAUUGGCGUGGCAUGGAUCUAUGGUUUACAAAAUUUCUGCGAUGACGUUGAGUUUAUGAGUCGAAUGCGUGUCUCAUUCUAUUGGCGUAUCUGCUGGGCAGUUAUUACACCACUUUUACUAUUAUUUAUUUUCGUUUAUUCCAUGGCCGAAUUGAAAACAUUAAAAUAUGCUGGCAUGGACUACCCAGAAUCGGCAAAUAUUGCUGGUUGGGUUCUAUUGGCCAUAGGUUUUGUACAAUUCCCUUUGUGGUUCAUAUGGACAGCAUCCUCAAAUUGCAAUGGCUCAUUGUGGAAUGUAAGUAUAUUAUAG